UUUGCCGGGAACCCGAAGUGCUCCAAGUGUCCUCUGCACAGCUUCAGCUACGGCCAGGGGACCGCCAUCUGCUACUGUGAGAAGGGCUUCUUCCGGUCGGAGAAGGACCCUCCCACCAUGGCGUGCACACGCCCGCCGUCCGCUCCCCGGAACCUGAUGUACAACCUCAACGACACCUGCCUUAUGCUGGAGUGGUCCCCGCCCAGCGACCCGGGGGGCCGCCGCGACGUCACCUACAGCGUGCUUUGCAAGCGCUGCGACCCGCAGCGGAGCGACCAGUGCCGGCAGUGCGAGGAGGAGCUCCGCUUCCUGCCGCGGCCCGUGGGCCUGGUGCACGCCGCCGUGACCGUGGUGGACUUCUCCGUCCACGCCAACUACACCUUCGAGGUGGAGUCCUUCAACGGCGUGUCGCAGAUGAGCACCGUCCCGCCACCGGUGGCCACCAUCACCGUCAGCACCGACCAGGGCGGUCCAACCCUGGUAGCAGCUCUGAAGAAGGACUGGGCAUCUCCCUACAGCAUUGCCCUCUCCUGGCACGAACCCGACGACGGGGCUCUGCCCAUCCUCGAUUAUGAGAUCAAGUAUUAUGAAAAGGAGCACGAGCAGUUAAGCUACUCGUCCACUCGUUCCAAGGCCCCCAGUGUUAUCAUCAGCGGUUUGAAACCGGCAACCUGCUAUGUCUUCAGCCUGCGUACGCGCACGGCAUUUGGAUACAGCUCCUACUCUCCGAAAUAUGAUUACGAAACCACUUCAGACUCCUCUAAGAUCGUGUCUGACCAGAGGCAGGUCCUGGUGAUCGUGACAGCAGCAGUGGGGGGCUUCGCUCUGCUCGUCAUCCUCACCCUUUUCUUCCUCAUCACCGGCCGGUGCCAGUGGUAUAUGAAGGCCAAGAUGAGCUCAGAAAAGAAGAGGCGAAGUAACUACCAGAACGAACAUGUUCCGUUCCCUGGGAUUAAGACCUAUGUGGACCCUGACACGUACGAGGACCCCACACAGGCUGUCCACGACUUCACCAAGGAGAUUGACCCCUGUCGGAUCCACAUAGAAAGGGUGAUCGGAGCCGGUGAAUUCGGUGAGGUGUGCGGCGGCCACCUACGAACGACGGCGGGAAAGAAGGAGAUACCUGUGGCCAUAAAGACACUCAAGGGCGGUUACAUGGAGAGCCAGAGGCGGGACUUCCUGCGAGAGGCAUCCAUCAUGGGACAGUUUGACCACCCUAACAUCAUUCGGCUGGAGGGUGUGGUCACUAAAAGCCGGCCAGUGAUGAUCGUGGUGGAAUACAUGGAGAACGGCUCCCUGGACUCCUUCUUGAGACAACACGACAGUCAUUUCACGGUGAUCCAGCUGGUGGGCAUGCUGCGUGGCAUCGCCUCGGGCAUGAAGUACCUGUCCGACAUGGGAUACGUCCAUCGGGACCUGGCGGCUCGGAACAUCGUGGUCAACAGCAACCUGGUGUGCAAGGUGUCCGACUUCGGCCUGUCCCGAGUCCUGGAGGACGACCCGGAGGCUGCCUACACCACCGCGGGCGGUAAGAUCCCUAUAAGAUGGACCGCUCCGGAGGCCAUCUCCUACAGAAAGUUCUCCUCUGCCAGUGACGCGUGGAGUUACGGCAUCGUCAUGUGGGAAGUGAUGUCAUACGGGGAGCGGCCCUACUGGGAGAUGUCCAAUCAAGAUGUCAUUCUCUCCAUUGAGGAGGGCUACCGACUUCCGGCUCCGAUGGGCUGCCCAGUGGCCCUUCACCAGCUAAUGUUGCACUGCUGGCAGAAGGAAAGGAGCCACAGACCUAAGUUUGAGGACGUGGUGUCCUUCCUGGACAAACUCAUCCGCAACCCUAGCAGCCUGCUGGCACUAGUAGAGGACAUUGAAAGUCCCCCAGAGUCUCCAGGGGAAGUCAUGGAUUAUCCCAUGUUCAUCUCCAUCGGGGAUUGGCUCGACUCCAUAAAGAUGAGCCAGUACAAGAGCAAUUUCAUGACAGCGGGCGUCUGCACACUGGAUUCUGUUGCUAGUAUGAGCAUCGAAGACGUCAGGCACAUAGGAGUGGAGCUGAUCGGCCACCAGAGACGGAUCGUCAGCAGCAUACAGACCUUGCGUCUCCAGCUUUUACACGAACAUGACCAGGGCUUCCACGUGUGAGGCCCCCUGCAUACACACCUUGGGAAGUACAGCUCAGUGGACUAGAGGGAUGGGAUAUCUAGAAGGCCAGAUGGACACUUGCAGACUGUGCCUCAGCGGGCCACGAAACAGUGGGACAGAACGUUGAGUCUUACCAGAUAGCAGAUCAACUACCUUACUGGACUGAACACACAUCUUCUUCCCACAAUAAUAUAAAGAAAAGCUUUUUAUUUUUUGAAACACCUCCGUGAACUUCCUUGGGCCAAGCAGUGAAGAGAGACGGACUCUGUGGAAGCUAGCCUGGCCAAAACUUAGGGGAAUGUAAUGCCUUGUUGCAGCAGUACUUUAUAUGUGAAGCAAAGAUACUUAGAGAUGUGAAUUUGCGAAUGUAAUCUGCUUUUUUUAUUACACAUUUUGGGUCAUGUAGCUGCUUUUGGAAGGACGAUUGAAAAUCCUUGAUUGAAUGAUUUAGAAUCCUAUUAUGAAUAUAAUUAUUUAUUUAGCUUUAUUUAUCUCCAGCGAAUCUGGUGUGCUAAUACUUGAAGGAAGAACAAUGAAAGUGUAUAGACAAUUUAUAAAUUAGUAUUAUUAUUAUCAUAAUCUAUUACAUGUUGUUGUGGAGUACUGUAUGUGAAAGACCUUGUGAAUCUGGAUUGUAUGAAAUUUAGUUUGAUUUAUAUAUUAAUUAUAACGAAAAAAGCAAUACAGACACAUGACUCAUCGAGUUAAACUUUGAUAUAAUAGAAAUUGAGAUCAAAGCACUAUCCAUCCACUGUCUUCAUUUAAUCAUCCAUCCGAUUGUUCUUAUUUUCUGGUUGAUCUUGUUUGCCGUCCUGUAGAAAAAACGGUAGGACAAACAGUGGGAAUGAACAUGCCAGCUCCUUCCAGUCAGUAAACAGUACCGAGUCAAACUGUAAAGUUUGACUCGUUAUAUUGUGAAUGCUGAUUUCACAUAGGAAACCUUUCCACUCAGAUCAACUGAACCCUUCUGAUAUCCUACAUGUGGUAGUUGCAGCAGUACCUCCAAGGGAUGGUACAUCCUACCACUAGUCUAGCAGUUUAACUACUAUCACUACGACUUCUAGUAUGUGGACAGUACUGAAGUCGAAUUUGGUUCAGCCUCAGUUCAGCCUCAACGAUAGGACCUAACCUCUUAAGAUAUUAUUGUUGAUUUAGGCCCAAUCCCAUUUUUACCCCUUACCCCUUCCCCUUACCCCUCCCCCUUGUUGGGGGAGGGGUAAAGGGUAGAAAUGGGAUUGGGGUAGAAAUGGGAUUGGGCCUUAGUCUCAUUGGAAUCUCCUUCAUUUAAGAAGGGUCCGUGAGCAUUGUUUCCCCAUUGUGAGCAUAUUCAGCAGGAGAGAUGGAAACGAUUGUAGCAUUCUGGUUCAAGGUUUUCUUUUGCAUCAUGACAUGAGUACACAAGAGGAUAAGCGAAUGGGAUCUUCAAAAGCAGAUUAAGUCAUAAAAGGAUCAUAUUGUAUGAUAUAAAAUUCUAUGAAAUAUAAUGAUAUACACGAUUUACGCUAUUGUGACCACUGGAUCCAAUGGAAUUGUAGUUUGAGCUGAAAUGGGUUUUGUUCACAGUAAUGCUGUUUUCAUGAUAGCAGAUGUGUUAGAUGUGUAAAAUGACGUAUAUAUAUGAAAUGGAGGGUGAAGAGACACCGGGAAAAUAAUACUAUGAAACGUUGGUGGCAUUGGCUGCAGUGAAGGCUCCUGGAGACAUUGGGGAAAGGUCAUAGCACUGAUAGUGUAUUACAGAUAUAGCAGAGAUAUGGAUGACAACACAAACUAAAGACCAAGUAAUGAGAAAAAGUAUUAUAAUAUCUAAAGACAUAAUUCAUCAUGCUAAUGUAAAACCGAAUAGUCUCACAAACCCAGAUUGCCUUACAAUACAAUAAUCCUACGUAGAAACACCUUAGAGUUAAAGAAUGUUUUACGAUUAUCAUGGGCCAAUGCCAUUAGUUAUAAGCUGAAUUUAUACAGUCAGAUAUAUUGGAGAGAUUUUUACUGUCGAUGUCGGGCAGAAAGCUGUCUCUAUAUGUAUAGAGUCACAGGAAGGCUUAGCUAAUCAGGGCUAGAGAAUGCAAUUAAAAAAGGAAGACAUAUUCUUACAAAAACACACACACAAACACACACACACACACACACACACACACACACACACACACACACACACACACACACACACACACACACACACACACACACACACACACACAAUUACAUGUACCCUGUCCCUCUGCAGAUUAUAACAAAUAUGAAAUGCUGUUUGUUUAGCAUGUCUUUCU